CAAAGACAUUCGCUGACCUGAUAACUAAUUACUCAAGAAUAACAGCCAGUCUUUUGGAGGCAUUUGUCGCACUUCUCACCUUUUUGUUAUUUCAAGGUCAACCUCUUCGUCUGCUUCAUGAUCACUUCUCGCCUGAUCCGUCCCGUCUUGUCCACGACCACUUUACUUGCGUCCUUACUUAAGCCAGUGGAUACCCCGCUACUCUCCGCCGCGAGGCAGUCGACAUUAGUUCCAAAGCAAUUAACCAGAAAGAUGCAUAUUCAGAGUAUUCCCAUGUGGGUUGGCUCGUCCAACAACUACGCAUACCUUGUCAGCGACGACGAAACAAAAGAUGCUGUAAUAAUCGACCCGGCAAAUCCCCCAGAAGUUACCCCAGUCCUUUCGUCGGUAGCAAAAUCCCUGAACCUCACAGCCAUUGUCAACACACAUCAUCACUGGGAUCAUGCCGGAGGAAACAAGAAGAUCCUCGAGUCACUCCCCUCUCCCAUUCCCAUCAUUGGCGGAAAAGAUUGUGAAGGAGUGACAAAGACUCCUGCACAUAAAAGUCAAUUCAAGAUUGGUAAAAACAUCGACGUCACAGCUCUACACACACCCUGCCACACUCAAGACAGCAUCUGUUGGUUUAUGGAGGACAAGACCAGCAAUGAACGGGUAGUCUUCACCGGAGAUACUCUGUUCAUCGGUGGAUGCGGCAAGUUUUUCGAGGGUACAGGCGAAGAAAUGGAAAAGGCUUUGAAUGUUGUUUUGGCGGCACUACCAGAUGACACCAAGGUCUUCCCCGGUCAUGAGUACACCAAAUCGAAUGUCAAAUUCUUGAAGGCGGUCGCUGGCGAUAGUCAGGCAGUCCAGGCGUUGGACAGUUUCGCCAACAGCAAUCAGCAAACCCAAGGAAAGUUUACCAUUAAACAGGAAAAGGAGCAUAAUGUCUUUAUGCGUACCAACACCGAUGAAAUGAGGAAGGUCACGGGCGAGACCGAGCCGAGUAAGGUUAUGGCCAAGCUGCGGGAGAUGAAGAAUGCGUCCUAGAAGGGUCCGGAGGGUGUGUGUGUAUGUGAAUACGAUCUGCGAAGAUCCACUUGGACGCACUCGAAUGUAUUUGACCUCGACCAAGGUCAUUAAUUCCUCAUACUCAAGUUCGUCGCAAAAACCAAAGGAAAUACAAUUUACCGUUCUCCUCUUCCAAUCCCAAUCAGCACCUUUACCUCGAGUGAGAAGAACAAG